AUGAGUAGCUCUAGGGAGACCUCACCAGAUUGGCUUCGUUGUUUCCAGGCACCAACUCAAUCAGCUCUAUCAUUGUCGUCGGCCUCCCAGUCUCCUCCAGAGGACAACCCUGUAAGCGAGGGUCUCCCGAAAGAAACUUCCCAUUCUUCUGAGAAAAACAACUCCCAAGACACUGGGGAGUCUCCAGUUGAUAAUACUCUAAAAGCAAAGUCCCCCAGCAAGAGUAAAAAUAAGAAAGCAGAUCUCACACGUUCGCGAAAAAGAGGAAAAGAGACAAAGAAGAAUGAAAACAUAGAUUCCUUCCCAUGUUCUAAUAUAUUUCUUCUUGGUAAUGCUGCAGGGAAUGGGGUUGAUGGGGAAGUUUCAAAGAAAGAGACGUCUGUGAAGACUACGAAACCUCAUGAAACAAAGCAUCCAGUCUGGACAUUGUCAUCAGAUUCUGAAUCUUCUCCUGAUUCCAUCUCUGUAAGGGAGCACAACUCACAUCAUGAGGAAUUAUCUGCACAUGAGAUUGGUGGACAGUCUCCACUUAAGGAGGCCUCUAAAGUGAAAUCUCCUAAAAAACAGCUCAAAACAGAGGAUCAUAUACCCAGAAAAAGGCAGAAAUUAAACAGCCACAUGAACAAAGAAGGUAUGAAGGCUGAAUUUACAGGCCUGAGGUUCCUUGAUGAUUCCGAACCGAAGUACAAAGGUAAUGAUGGUGAAAUGGAGGUUGUGGAAGACGAAAUAACCGAGAAGCAUAUUGGACCUUAUGUUUCCUCUUCAAGGCUACCUUUGGUGCUGUCUGAGAAAGUGCAGCGCUCAAAGGCACUUGUGGAGUGUGAAGGUGAAUCCAUAGAUUUGAGUGGCGAUGUGGGUGCUGUUGGAUGGAUAAUUAUUUCAGAUAACCAAUCAGGAAACCAGGAAAUGCUCUUAGAUUUGAAAGGCAGGUGUUUUUCCUGUAAUAGUGCACGUAGUUAUCGUUUUGCUAAUGAUCUGUGA